AUGGAAAAAGUUAAAGACAUUAUUCCUGAUUAUAACGAUGGAGACUUUCUGUGUCCUAAAAGUGGGGCAAAGUUGGCCUCUCUCUUUGGUCUGGACCGAGCAGAGAGUCAGGGAAACGAGUCUUUCCAAUUCACCGCCCCUAAACAGCCCAAAAAGUCCUGCGCCAAAUUAGGCCCGCCUCCUCAGAAGUCCAUCCCUCCUCCAUGUGCUCCAGCUGUGCUGUUUGCUGCAGCUGUUCAUGCAUUCAGCUUUGUGAAUGGACAAUAUGUAAAGCAAGGCAAGAUAGGAGCUGCUGUUUUAGGAAACCAUGUCACCAAAGAGUACAAGAUUCUGUUGUACGACAGUAAACAAAAGCAGAUCAGUACGGCUCGAAUCCAUCGUGGAUUUGUCCUCACAGUUCAGCCCUGUAGCUAUGUCACUUUCUAUGAUGACCAGCAACAAAACUGGUCUUUAAUGUUUGACUCAGCAAAGUCCAGGCCUGAGUUCUGUAAGGAGGUGUGCGUGGCCCGGUGGAACAGUGAGGCUUUGUCAGACUCUCUGGUCACUCAGGACCUGGUCCAAGGAGAAGGUGAAGCUGUUGAUGUCGGGGACACAGUGGAGGUGGCCUAUUCUGGAUGGCUUUUACAGAACCAUUCUCUAGGACAGGUAUUUGAUUCCAAUCUGGGCAAAGAAAAGCUGCAGCGAGUAAAGCUCGGAGCAGGCAAAGCUCAGAGGGGAUGGGAGGACGGGAUGCUUGGCAUGCAGAAAGGAGGUCAACGGCUCCUUAUCGUCCCUCCUAGUAUGGGUCAUGGUUCAAAGGGCAUCCUCAACCAUGUGCAAGCAAACAGCACUCUGGUGUUUGAUGUUGAGAUUCAUAGAGUUAAAUUCUCCAAAGUCCGACAUAGUCGGGAAUCAGUUGACACCUUCAGUGCAUCUCCAAGCACACCAAAAGAGAACACCAGCCAAUCUAUCUAUCUAGUCCAAGCACCCAAGGGAAAGGUGGAAUCUGUAUCCCUGACAAGUUCAGGUGCUUCCAAAUCCAAGCUAAUCUCACGUAUAGCCAAGAUGGGUCAACCCAUGCUUCCCUUUCUCACUGGGGCCAUUCCAGCUCAGCCUGACCCCAGCGACUCAGAAACAGAGGAUACCAGUGAAUUGAUUUGUGAUCCCUCUCCUUCACAUUCCCACUCACCAAAUUCUACACAAAUGCCCUGUAGUUCUCCAUCUCUGUCGCAUCAGCCUGGUGAUGCUCAGAAACAGGAAGCAGUGCUGCCAGAGGCAGACUUAAACACUACUCAAGGCUUUCAGCUCUAG